UCCCCAUAGCAACUCUGUUCACUCCCGCGCUCAGUGUCUGACGUACCUUCGUUCAAGUUAAUUUUCUCAUAACCUUUCUAAAUCACUUACUUUUCGGGAUGAAAUAACCUCAAAACAUAUUUCUCAUGCAAUAUCAAGUGAAAAUAAUAAAGCAAAAUUGUGACUCUGACGGGAAAUACCAUGCUGAUCCACCUCAUUCGACCAGACACCAGACUCCACACUCCAGUGUACUUUCUGCUGAGUCAGCUCUCCAUCACACUCCAGUGCACUUUCUGCUGAGUCAGCUCUCCAUCACUGACAUGACGGACGUCUCCACCACGGUGCCCAAGAUGGCAGUCAACUUCCUCUCACAGAAAUAAACCAAGUUGUGGCCGACACUAUGCUCAAUUUUAUGGUUUCUACUGAAGAAGUGUGAAAUAGUCCAUUCCUACUUCCAGAACACUCUCAGGGAGAAGAGGGGUAUUUAUGCAGGAAGUUGCUGACUCAUAGUUCCCAUAUUUGCAUCCAUGACCCUAGUGGUUAGUUUUGAGGUAUACCUAAAAGUCUUUAUUUUUUACAGAAAUUCCCUUGAAGCCUGUCUUCCUACAUCAAAUAAGGAUUCUUACCUUCUC